AGCUGUUGAACCACUGGAAGAGAGAACACCUGUGGAACUAUGGCUCUCAAACUUUACCACCUGUAAACUUAAGUUUUCUUUCACUGUCUUUUAUCUAAACAGUUGACUUUUGAAAGCAGGGUGAAGACUGAGAGGUUCAUGUCCCCACUGAGGCCUUGAGAUGGCAUCCACACAUUUGUAACCCCCAAAAUGAUGCUUCGCAAUCUGCUCUUCUCAACAGCAAAAAUAAAAAGCUGUCACUUUCCCUCGCACAGCUUACCAGAGGAGAACGACGAAACCAUGAGUAAAAGCAACACAGAAGACCCCCUUCCAGACCCGGAUUUGACCCCUAAUGCCAGCAGCAAUGCUUUACCUUCUGACCUUGGAUUACCUGGGAAGAAUCUCUCUCCCAGCAGACUAGAUCCUUUCUAUGACGUUUGCAGUAGUGUGAGCAGCCGUGCCCAGCCCAGCUAUGGUCCGUACCAGCCUCCUCUGGGUCUACCAGUGGGCUAUAGCCCCCAGACUCCCUUCCCCAGCCAGGCGGAGGGCUCGUUCAGCACCCUGCAGCCCCACAAAGAGGAUUGGCCCCCGUCCAACCUAUCCAGUAGCUCUUUUCUGGGUGCAUUUUCCAAUGACAGCCAUCCGUCUUGCUUAGUGUCUGGAGAUUACUGUUCUUAUCAGAGCAAAACCGGCAGCUCCAACUUCCUGCCAGACAGGCACAGUCCUGAUUUGGGUAGCCUAGAACAGCCUCGUUCACUUCACUCCAUUUCUACAGAGCCAGCCCAUCAUAGCUACUACAUGUCCUCAUGCCCAUGCCCCUCACACGGGGCACCAUGCUGUGGACAGGGGCCAGGAAAUAUCUACUGGACAAAUCAAAGACCUCAUCAUGGCGUACAGUACCACACACCGUGUUUACCUUCAUGUCCCAACAGCAGCAAGCCGUCAGAUCAAGAGCUUUUUCACAGGCGCACAUCAUUUCCCCCUCAGCCAAGCAGCGUUCCAAGCACAGCGCCGCUUUCCCUGGAGCAGAGGAAAGUGUUUGUGACCUAUAAAGCAGACAAUGAGAAACAUGUUAAAGAGGUCAUCAAUUUUGUUGCACUGCUGAGGCACAACGGCUUCUACACUCAUAUUGAUAUGUUUGAACAGCAGUUCAGUAGUAUUAGUAAAAUUGACUUCAUGGAGAGAUAUAUUCAUGAGAAGGAUUAUCUGAUCAUCAUCAUUAUCAGCCCAAAAUACUACGAGAUUGUGACCAAUGCAUCAUUGUUUAGGGAAAAUGAUGAAACUAUGAACACUGUCUAUAUCCACAAGCAGUUACAGAAUGAAUUCAUUCAGAAUGGGUGCAGAAAUUUCAGAUUCAUUCCGGUGUUGUUUCCUGGUGCCAAUAAAUGUCACGUUCCUGCUUGGCUCCAGAACACACACAUCUUCAGCUGGCCCAGGGACAGAGACGACAUACUUCGUCGACUCAUGAGAGUUGAGAAAUACAACCCUCCACCCAUAGGAGAGCUUCCCACUAUCGUCUCCAUCCCUAUAUAGCAAGAUUUGUUUCCUUCUUUGUCUUUGUGUGUAAGUUCUGGUACGUCUUGAGUGAUCGACUGUUACACCUGCAUUCUGAGCCAUUCUGGUUAUUCAGCAGAAAAAUGACUUUGCAGCAGUUUGGAAGUUUUUAUUUUAUUAAAAUUAAAUAUAUAUUUUUGAAAAACUGUUUAUACCUUAUUUAGCACGAAUGGCACUGAUGAGCACGGUAGAAAAAGUAGCUUCCAGUAAAUGUGGUCUUAUGAUCUAUGUGUUAUGGACACGGUACCUAAAGGUGCUGUAAACACAUUAAUUAAACAGGUUGAUGGGGCUUCUUCCUAAUGACUAACCUUUUUUUCUAUUUAUUUAUGCAUUUGCUCCCAUUUUUUUCUUUAUUUAGCGUAGUCAAUUUGUCUUCCACUGCUGGGGAUCCUUGAUUGCAUUCGAGGAAUGUAUGUUUCCUACUCACGCCUCCUUAGGUACAGUGGUAGCCUAGUGGGUAGAGCUUUGGGCUAUUAACCGGAAGAUUGGCAGUUCAAAUCCAGGCUCUGCUAUGCAGCCACUGUUGGGUUCUUGAACAAGGCCCUUAACCCUGUCUGUACGAUGGCUGACCCUGCGCUCUGACCCCAGCUUCCAGACAAGCUGGGAUAUGCAAAGAAAGAAUUUCAUUGUACUGUACAUCUGUAUAUGUAUACAGUAAUCCCUCCUCGAUCGUGGGGGUUGCGUUCCAGAACCCCCCGCGAAAGGUGAAAAUCCGCGAAGUAAAAACCAUGUGUUUAUAUUAUUAUUUUUAUAUAUUUUAAGCCCUUAUAAACCCUCCCACACUCUUAUA